AUGAAAACUGCCGUUUUUGGCGGCCGCGAUUGUGACGAGGGAAUCCACACUCUUCAGGUGGCUGGCCCUCCGUCACUCACUUUCACCCCACCGUCGUCGCUGUCGGCCGGUCAACAGGCUCCGCAUCGCCGCUCGGCCACCAACCCGAGACCGCAUUCAAGACGCGCCAGUCGGAUGCACAAUUAUGUGCUAUGUUGCUUUCGGGGAAUCGCUUUGAAAAAUUCCGAAAGAAGAAGCCGACGCUCACCGUUCUCGUGUCGAACGGAUAUUUUCGGG